CUUGUUGCCCGACAAGCCAAUGUGCCACUGAAUUUUACUCUAGUUCUGCAUCUUGUUAGUUGUCAUGCGCUGCAACUCCCCGCUCACUUGCAAUACAAGGUUAUAACGCUUGCAGGUAUAUGUUUACAUACAUGCAUCUGGUGUCGAGUUAAUUUUGUUAUUCGUAGAUCGAUGAUUGUUGUAAACGCAUGGAUGCUUUCAGUGCAUAAACGUAUUACUUUUAGAUUAGACAGUAGGCAAUCAAAAUGAAGCUAUUCAAAUUGAUUGUGCAUCAAAAGAACUUCAGUGGAGAGGACCUUAUAAUCAAUCCUAAGGAUUAUCCUGGAAUUAAAACUGGUGAUGUAGUAGAAAUAUAUGAUCCAGAUGAUAUUUUCAGUCGCUUGUUGCUGCAGGUUACAGCUUUCAAGGAAGACUUACAAACUAGAGAAACUAUUAGUGUUGAGAGUACUGUAGCAUCCAUGUUUCAACUACGUACUUAUGGAGAUGUUUAUAUGAAUAUUGUUGAUCCUGCUAAAGUAGCUCUUGAUUCAGUUGAAUUGACAUUCAAAGACCAAUACAUGGGUCGAAGUGAGAUGUGGAGGUUGAAAAAUAGCUUGGUCAAUACAUGUGUAUAUAUGAAUAAAAAAAUUGAAUUUUGUGGUGGUAGCAUACGAUGUCAAGUCUAUGAAAUGUGGUUACAAGGAGACAGAGUAGCUUGUGGAGUUAUUACUGAUGACACAAAAGUGGUGUUUCGUUCCUCUACUAGUAUGGUUUAUCUUUUUAUCCAAAUGAGUUCUGAAAUGUGGGAUUUUGAUAUCCAUGGCGAUCUAUAUUUUGAAAAAGCUGUGAAUGGAUUUCUAGCAGAUUUGUUUCAGAAAUGGAAAAAAAAUGGCAGUAAUCAUGAAGUGACUAUAGUUCUGUUCUCUAGAACUUUUUACAAUGCCACGAGUCUUGAAGAAUUUCCUAAUUACAUGCGUGAAUGUUUACAACAAGAUUACAGAGGCCGGUUCUAUGAAGAUUUUUACAGGGUUGCUGUUCAAAAUGAGCGUUAUGAUGAUUGGAGUAAUGUUUUAGUUCAGUUAAGAAAGCUAUUCACUGAUUAUCAAAAGCUUGUAUUAGAAUAUCAUCAAAAACCUGGUAUUGAGAUGCCAGCAGCAACAAAUUCUACUGCGGCUCAAGGGAACUUUCUUGAAGUGCUCAAUAUGUCAUUAAAUGUUUUUGAAAAACAUUACCUGGACCGUAGUUUUGACAGAACUGGACAACUAUCCGUUGUAAUAACUCCAGGAGUUGGAGUUUUUGAAGUGGAUAGAGAAUUAACUAAUGUAACAAAACAGCGUAUAAUUGAUAAUGGUGUUGGUAGUGAUUUAGUAUGUGUAGGAGAACAACCACUUCACGCUGUUCCUUUAUUAAAGUUUCAUAACAAAGAUUCUUCUAUCAAUGUACCUGAUGAUUAUAGUAUGCCUCAUUGGAUAAAUUUAAGUUUUUACUCUACCAAUAAGAAAAUUCCAAAUUCUACUUUUAUACCUCGAAUCAAGUUACCCCAAAGAGUUACCAAACAAUGUUCAGAGAAUAAUGGUAUUGGCAUUAACUUGAAAGAGAAAGCACGCAUGCUUCAGGAAGAAACCAGAGAUUGUUUGCACAAUACAUUCUUUGAUUAUGAUGCUUAUGAUGCCCAAGUUUUUCAAUUGCCCUUAGCUCAUGCAACUAGUCUACAUAGAACAAAUGGCAGAACCAAAAAAACUAGUGUAAUUUGUAUGGAGACUCAUAACAAUGCUCAAGCUUUAAAUUUAUUGAAAAGAAAAAUGUCAGAUCCUGAUAUCCAUCAUCCUCCACCAGAAGUUCAUUCGCCACCACUACCUAUUGUGCCAAGUACUACAAGUGGCAAUAGUUCUAGAAGUGCAGCCAUAUCAAUACCCUCUAGAAAUGAUAAUGUAACAAGUAAUGGAUCAACGAGUGAAACUACUGCACCAUCUCGUUCAUCUACGACUAAAAGUGAAUUAACGGAUACUGAGAUAUCACCACCUCUUCGACCCAUAAUAGGUAGUGCAGGAAAUCAACCAAAAAUAAAUGGUUCGCUCAAUAGCCAUCUCCCUCAGACGUCAUUUUCGGCUGUUCGGCCUAGUCGGGCCCUCAUAAAUCCAUUCGAUCCUUCCCACGUUACGAUUAAAUUAACGAGUAAUCGUCGACGUUGGACUCACAUAUUUCCCAAGGGACCAACAGGUGUGCUCAUACAGCAGCAUCACUAUCAAGCCAUACCUGCGAAUCCACAGCAGCAAAAGUUAUCUGAAAACAACAACGCUGAUGCGUUAAGUACUUCCCCAAAUGAACACCAUGUAAUAAGUCAAAGUUAUUCUACGUCUAUAUCUAGAUCUGCAUCGCAAAGUUGCUUCAACGAAUCAAUGAGAGGAAAAAUGCAGAGAAUGAAUUUAACUCUUUCUAACGGUAUUGAUAAAAGAACUACCGAACCAAAAAGUUUGACAUUAUUAUGGGGUGCCACUGGUGAACAAGAGUGGACCCCAGCACUUACCACAGCUAUCAUAGGUGUGGAUUGGAAAUCGCUAACGAUUUCUGCAUGUUUGCCGAUCACGACCGAUUACUUUCCGGACAAGCGGAGCUUGCAAAAUGAUUACGUCGUCUCGGACUACAAUCUUCUCCCGGACGACGUGAACGCCGAUUUUGCCCAACAACGAGCCAUUUAUCGCAAACCACUCUCGACAGCCGAAGUCUUUCGUGAACUCGUCUCUCAACGAUUGGCUCAGGGAUUCCAACUGAUCAUAUUGCCUCCCGGCAAAACUCAAAUCACGACGCCUGGUUCAAAUUCCAUACCGACGAUAAGCUCGGUAAUGCGAGGCCGACAUCAAGCUGACUCAGAACACAAAGAAGAAUACUUGCUUAGUAUUGGCCGGAUUUUUCAUAAAAUUUCCCUCUGUGGAAAUUCCAUCAGUGUGACUCGCUACAGGCCGAGGCAUCCAUACCCGCCUUUCAACAUUCACUAUCGUUAUCGAUUUCACGCUCCACACCAUGAUACCUAUGAGGUGUCGUGGGUGUCUUUCACUACGGAAAAGCUUGAAAAUUACAACUGGAAUUACUUAGAUCACUACAUUUGCACACGGGGAGAUACUGACUUUGCCCUAGUCGAGGCAUUAAAGUACUGGCGAUUCAGAGUUUUUCUGCUACCGUUGCACAAUCAAGCGACCCGAAAAAUACUCGAGGGUUCUCCUCACUGUGAUAUUUACACGCCUCUUACUACUACCGAACAGAUUGCCAUGAUGGAGGGAUUUUUACGAUUUACAGAGGGCUGGCUCAACAAAAUACGACGACCUCAUCCUAACAAAAAUUGGAGCCCAACAGCUUUAUUAGCCGGGGUAGUCCCGAGAGAUCCUGCAUCCCAUCUGACUAGGCGUAGGCACAGUACGAGCCUGGUAUCCCUCACUAACCAGGAAACACUUAAAAGCGUCGUCUUGGGCGCGUCUACGGGUACACGUACGGCCCUCGACACUCCUCGCCACGUACCGCUUACAAGGUCUGGAUCGAAAGUCAUGGACAGAGGAAGGGUUUCGCCAGCCAGCGAAGCUGCACAAUCAGCCUCGCAAGACCAGCAGCAGCAACUACAACAGCAGCAGCAACAGGCGCAAUCGCAACUCGAGCAUUUGGAAAUAAACGAUGAAAACUUCUCUCCGGAAAUGACGAAAAUUAAAAGCAACGCUCCACUCCCAGAGAUUUUGGAGGCAAUGCGCCAUCCCAGUAACGGCAUCGGAUUUCUAACGUCACAUCCUUCUUUGCCGAGUCAGACCUUUGUCAGUGCAGACGCUGUUCAAUGGCUCAGUAAUCACAUCGAGGGUGGCAUCACAGUCGAAACUGCUUGCAGCAUCAUGAAAGGAAUGAUCCAAGAGAAACUAAUUUGUCACGCUUCGGGAGACUUUUCAAAACAAUUUAUCGUUGGUUUUUACUUGUACCACAUCGUGCAGGACAAAGAUCACCAGAAAGAUUACCUGCCACCGCUGGGUGAUCUGCAGAGCUUCGAGAACGAAUGGAUCGAGGUGGAGACUCGCGUACCCAAGGGCUGGUGCGAACCGCAAUCUAGUCACAGCUCGACCGGGCACCUGUCCACGUCGUCGAACAGCACGGUAUCGCACCCCAUCAGCAUACCGAGCUCCGACACCAUCGACGAAUCGGACGUUCACGUGUUCCUGCGCAACGAUUUGGGCGACAGUGCCGACCCGGACGAGCGAGAUUUCGCCCAGCCCAUGUACAAGCACACGCACUUGGACAUCGAUAUUAACAAUAAGAGCGAUCGCGUCGAGUGGGGACAUCUGAGAUAUCAGUCUGCAUUCAAGCCAGAUCAUUCGUACGAGCUUGUGGUGCAGUGGGUCGCUGCUUCGGGUAGUAUCGUUGCCGAUCUCGUUUUCAAUUGGCAACGAAAGGCUCAGAGUUGCGGAAUUCAGAUGAUACCGAUACCCAGCGAUUUGCUUGCUUUGCCUUUUACCGCCAAAAGCGAUCCUUUACGCGGACCGAUUUUUAUUCCACUCGAUACCGAGUGCUUGAUGGCUGGCAAACGGUACCUUUUCGAAGAGUUUCGCGAGGACAGCUACGCGCAGCGUUUGUUCCUAUUCCAAGGGACAAUACUGCAGCGAUUCGGCUUCUUGCGCUGCCUCGUGGAGGGUAACGAGAAUGCCCAUCAGUACGUGCACUGCACCGGAAACGCCUUCGUCCUUGUGCCUUCGACCAUCAGUCCUCGACCACGUCAGCCGACCGGUUCGAACAUCACUCGACGCUCUGGUGUGCAGCAUCGGUAUCCUGUUCACGCGGACCAACCGAGCCCUCACGAGGCCUACAUCACACGACACGUCAGUGGCAAGAAUAAGGAUGAUUACAGCAUGGACAGGAGGAUGGGUUUCCUCUGGUCAUGGAAUCAUAUGCUUAGUCGAAAAUGGAAAAUCCCCUCAACAGCCACAGGCGACGAACUUUUUCAGAAAAAAAUCAUCCAAGAUUUUCGUCACUUUUGUUCGAAUGGCGACAAUCGAUUAAAAAGAUUUUGGGAUUCUUGCUGGGAAUCCAAGGAGAAAUUCUGUACAAAUGCCAAGUGAUACGUCGAUCUCAUUAUUUUUAGCAUUUUUAUCUUUCAUAUCAUGCGUUUCACGUGAUUCGCUUCUGCUGGUGUUUCACGUUAAACUUGCAUACAUUAUGCACAAAUACAUUUUAUAAUAUUAUGUUUAUCUUUAUUUUAGAACAAAUUCUCCUGUUAACGAAACAUGUUAAUUUUUUACGAUACAUGUUACUCUAGCUACUAAAGCCUACCUAUUUUUAUAAAAUAUAUUAAAUCGAUCAUUGUUAAUUUUGUUAUAAUUUGUUAUAAAAUUUUAUCGUGUUAUUCUGUACAAAUUCACUUAAAGAAUAAAAUACAAAAUGUCUUAAUUU